AUGGUUAAAGCAGCAAAUGUCAUUUCAUUUACCAAAAAAGAUACAUGUGACAUCAAAGUAGAUAAAGAACAGCGAAUCAAACAGAUUCUACUGCUAGUUGCCCUGUUUAUCAUCUCAUUCCUGAUAGCGAUGAUGAUAAUUCUGCCACUUGAAAUGAGAUACCGUAAAAAAGCGUUUAUUAAAGACAUGAGCAAGAAAGGAAGUGAUAUCAACGCAUUCAACCUUGAUGAACUCAAGGAGCUGAUGAAUAGCAAUGAAUUUGCCCUGGACUACAUUCAAGAAAUUCAGAAGGAAAUUGAUUCAUCCUACAAUUCUGAUAGGAUGGAUUCCCUAGGAAGAGAGCAAAUGACUAGUUCUGAAUUUGAUUUAUCCUCUGCCCUAUUUACGCCAAAGAACCUGGGGAGCAUCGUCGUUCAAAAGGCAUUUCCAGACGGAUCCUGUGGAUACCACUCGAUCAUGGAUGGAAUCUACGACUGGUUGAAGGAUAAGAACUCCAAACAGCACAAGAAUUUCUUUGACAAGUCAUUUGGAGAUGGCUUGAUCAAUCCAAUAGUGAUUGACUAUUUUCAUGGCAAGGCAUUGAAAGUUCUUAAUUCAUACAAGUCAUACGGUGAGAUUCCUCAGAACGAAACCGCCUAUCUCAAUCAGUGCCUGAGGAUUAUGAGUUGCAUUGGGAUGUUUAAGAAGAAUGACCAAUUCUGUGAAUUUCCUGAUGAAAAAUACACUGAUGAACUCAAAUUGACGAAAAUGAUGAAUACGAAGGAGUGGAUUGGAACUGACGAGAUUGAAUUCAUCUCAGAGGCAUUGGAAGUCUCAAUUUACCCCAUCUACAAGAUGGGAAAUGCCGCAAAAUACACAAAUUUACCAUUCCGUCAUAUAACAAAUGUAGUACGACCUGAGACAAUAUUCUUGUUAUUCAGGGUGAAUCACUACGACAGAAUAAUUGAUAUGUAA